AAAGAUUGAGAAAGCCCUCAGCGCGGGGGACCCCUCCAAAGGUGGCUACGUCUCUCUCAAUUACCUCAAGAUUGUCCUUGACACCUUCGUAUACCAAUUACCAAGAAGGAUUUUUAUCCAGUUAAUGAAAAGGUUUGGACUUAAAACCACCAGUAAAAUCAACUGGAAACAGUUCCUGACAUCCUUUAAUGAGCCUCGGGGGUUAGAAGGCAACAAUGUGGUACCUGUGGCAAAAAAAAAUGGCGUCUGCUCCAGGAGCCAAGGCCACAAGGAGCCCAACAUUGUGAAGCUGCUGAGGCUUGCCGAGGACCACUGCGGGGCGCUGAGGAAGGUGCUGCAGGCCAUGAAGAAGGUGACGAGGGAGGAGCUGCGACACAUGCUGAACUGCACAGUGGUGAAGUUAAAUGACUCGGAGUUCAGGGAGCUGAUGCAGGUGCUCGACCCACGGGGCAGCGGCAUGGUCAGUGUGAGCAGGUUCACCGAGCUGCUGGAGGAGAAGCCCACGAUGAAGAAACUGUCCCCCGCUUCGGACACGAUGACGCCUCCCCCACUGGCCUGGGACUCGGUGGAAGAGAUUGUUCAUGAUGCGCUUGCUAGGAACCUGCCAGCUUUUUACAAAAUGCUGCAGUCCUACGACCUUGCAGACACAGGGCUCAUUGGGCGAAAUAAUUUCAAGAAAGUCAUGCAAAUAUUCUGCCCAUUUUUAACGAAUGAACAUAUAAUAAAGCUCUCCAGUAGGUUCCAGGAGACCGGCUCGGGCAGGGUCUUCUACAAGAAGCUGCUGCAGUACCUAGACCUCCACAGCCCCCCGAGCGGCUCUCCGGCCCUCACGCCCCAGGCGCAGCCAUUGAGCAGGGGACCCCCUGAUGGAGAGGUGCAACAGUCGCUGGAUGCCCCCAAGAGAACCAGGCCAGCCGAGGAUGAGAGCUCCCGGAGCAGGUACCUGACCAAGGAGGAGGCCAUUGAGAAGCUCAGGUGCUGCAUCCAGGAGCGGGACCCCACCUUCCGGAGACACUUCCUGGACGUGAGCAAGGAGCCCCACAGGAAAAUCAGCCUGCGUGAGUUCAAGAAGGUGCUGGAGGACAGUGGCAUGCCCAUGACCGAAGAGCAGUAUGCGCUGCUGGCUGCCAAAAUCGGUUACAGGAAGGAAGGGAUGAGCUACAUGGACUUCACAGCAGGGUUUGAAGAUGCUGCCGUACCUGGGCCCAAAUCACUUCUGGCUCAGACGCCCACACCUGCUCACACUCCCCCGAGCACCCACUUUGUCACCGCUGAGGAGUGCCUGCAGCUUUUCCCCAAGAGGUUAGCCGAGUCCUUCCAGGACUCCUACUCCGCCUUCUUCAAGAUGGACACAGACCGGGAUGGCAUCAUCAGCAUGCAUGACCUGCAGAGGCUGCUCUUGCACCUGCUGUUCAACCUCAAAGACACCGAGUUUGAGCGCUUCCUGGGCCUCCUGGGCCUGAGGCUCGGUGUCACCUUAAAUUUCCGGGAGUUCCGCGGCUUGUUUGAGCAGACCCCGCUCCAGACGGAUGAGGCCCCACAAAGGUUCACUAGGCUCAAGCAAAAGUUGGCUGAUUCAGAACUAGCCUGCGAACAAGCACAUCAGUACCUCGUUACCAAAGCCAAGAACAGAUGGGCUGACUUGUCCAAGAACUUCAUUGAGACCGACAGUGAGGGCAAUGGCAUCCUCCGGCGGCGGGACAUCAAGAAUGCACUGUAUGGCUUCGACAUUCCCCUGACGCCACGAGAAUUUGAGAAGCUGUGGCAGAGCUAUGACACAGAAGGAAGAGGACACAUCACCUACCAGGAAUUCCUACAGAAGUUGGGAGUUGCCUAUUCACCUGCCAUCCAUCGGCCCUUCGCGGAAGAUUAUUUCAACUUCAUGGGCCAUUUCACCAAGCCCCAGCAGGUGCAGGAGGAGAUGCGGGAGCUGCAGCAGACCCAUGAGGCUGAGAAGCCCAGGGCGGCCAGGGAGAAGCUCCUGGCUCACUACGAAGACAUCAGCAAAGCUCUCGCCCAAGAGGAGAAGUCCAGAAGCGGCUCCAUCUCCAUGUGCAGGCUGCAGAAGGUGCUGCGAGAGUGUGGCUGCCCGCUCAAGGAGGAGGAGCUGGCCAGUCUCCUCGACAGCUGGGGAGUGAGCUGGCAGGACCGUUCCAUCAACCAUGCCGACUUCCUGGGAGCGUUGGAGAGCAGCAAGCUGAGGCCAGAGCCACCACCCAUGGAGAAAGGCCAGGGUGAGCCACCCGACUUCUCCACAGUGGCCCUCUCGGACGUAGUGAGGAACAUCCAGGAAGUAGUGGGCGCUUCCCAGGCGGCCCUGUCACAGGCCUUUGCUGCGCUGGACGCAGAGGACACAGGGUUUUUGAAAGCCAUGGAGUUCGGGGACGUGCUCAAGGCGUUCUGCCCCAAGCUGACGGACAGCCAAUACCACUACUUGCUGAGGAAGCUGAGGCUCCACCUGACGCCCCACAUCCACUGGAAGUACUUCCUGGAGAACUUCGGCUCCUUCCUGGAGGAGACGGCUGAUGAGUGGGCAGAGAAGAUGCCCAAAGGCCCGCCGCCCCCCGUCCCAAGGGACCCGAGCAUCAGAGAGACCCUGGUGCGGCUCCACAAAGCGGUGGCUGCCUGCGUCCAUGCCAUCACCCAGGAGUUUGAGAACUUUGACACCAUGAAGACCAGCACUGUCUCCAGGGAUGAGUUCCGGGCUGUGUGCACUCGCCACAUCCAGAUCCUGACGGACGAGCAGUUUGACAGGCUCUGGAGCGAGAUGCCCGUCAACGCCAAGGGCAGGCUCAAGUACCUGGACUUCCUGAACCGGUUCAGCUCGGAGCAAGUGUCCACCCCAGCCGCCACGGGUGACUCAACCAGGGCCCAGAGAGGCAGCAGCGUCCCCGAGAGCUGGGAAGGAACCGGAGUGGCCGCAUCUUCGCCCACCCGGGACCCGAGAGCGGGAGUGCGGUCACAGUGCCACUCGGGCGCGGCCCCGAGUGCAGUGGCCACGCCGGACUCCCCCCCGCUACAGAACUGUGAGCCCAUCGAGAGCAAACUGCGGAAGAAGCUGCAUGGCUGCUGGCGGGAGCUGCUGCGGGAGUGCAAGGAGCGGGACGUGAAUAGGCACGGCGAGAUCACCGCAGCUGACUUCCUGGCACUGGCCGACAGCUUCGGCCUGGACCUCAACACGGAGGAGAGCCACCGGCUGCUGCUCAAGUACGACCUGCACGGCCACGGCCGCUUCGCCUACCCUGCCUUUCUGCAGAGCUGCGUGCUGCUGCUGCAGGCCAAGGAGACCUCGCUGCUGCAGCGCCUCAGGAUCCAGAACGCGCACAAGAUGAAAGAAGCGGGUGCGGAGACAGCCUCCUUCUACUCAGCCCUGCUGCGCAUCCAGCCCCAGAUCCUGCACUGCUGGCGGCCGAUGAGGCGCACAUUCAAGGCCUACGACGAGAGCGGCUCAGGGCUCCUCAGCGUGGCCGACUUCAGGAAGGUGCUGCGGCAGUAUAGCAUCAACCUGUCAGAGGAGGAGUUCUUCCACAUCUUGGAGUACUACGACAAGGCGCUCUCCUCCAAGAUCUCUUACAACGACUUCCUGCGUGCCUUCCUGCAGUAGCCCCUCCCUCAGCCCUGGUGGGACACCCCUGCCGAGGGGUUUCAGAGACCUCUGGCAAUGAGCCCGGAGACCAGGAGACCCAGGAGCACCUGCAAGUCCUACCUUGGCAGGCUCCAGCACCGGUUUUCCCCAGCUCCUGCAGGUGGCUGUGGGCAGCCCCCACCUGCAAUGCAGGCCCCUCACUCGUUCUGAGCAAAUAAAAUGGUCUUUGUCGCAA